UUAUUCUAUUGACUCCCUCCCUCUGUGCCUCCCAUUCUCGGCUCCUUCCAUGGCUUCUUGCUUCACUUGAAGGCCCAAACAAAAACAAAAAACCAAAAUUCCCUUUUUCUGUACACGCUCUCUGGAAGCCUAAACCCGACCGACUCUAUCUCAGAGCCCCAUGGCCCGAAGAUCCGGUACGAUCCUCAAACAGCUCUUGAGCUCUCGAUGCUCUAACCUCACACCGAGCCGAUCCGUCACCUACAUGCCACGACCGGGCGACGGCGCACCGCGAGGGGUUACCUUGAUCCCGGGCGACGGGAUCGGCCCUCUGGUGACUGGCGCCGUGGAGCAAGUGAUGGAGGCGAUGCACGCGCCGGUGUAUUUCGAGCGAUACGAUGUUCACGGCGACAUGAAUCGCGUGCCUCAAGAAGUGAUCGAGUCGAUCAAGAAGAACAAAGUUUGUCUGAAAGGAGGAUUAGCGACGCCGAUGGGAGGUGGUGUCAGCUCGCUUAACGUCCAGCUGAGAAGAGAGCUCGAUUUGUACGCUUCGCUCGUCAAUUGCUUCAAUUUGCCAGGCUUGCCUACGAGGCACGAGAAUGUCGAUAUUGUGGUGAUUAGAGAGAACACGGAAGGCGAAUACUCUGGCCUCGAGCACGAGGUCGUCCCUGGAGUCGUUGAGAGCCUUAAGGUGAUAACAAAGUUCUGUUCGGAACGAAUUGCAAAAUAUGCAUUCGAAUAUGCUUAUUUAAAUAAUAGAAAGAAAGUGACUGCUGUGCAUAAGGCCAACAUUAUGAAGCUUGCUGAUGGCUUGUUCUUGGAAUCAUGCCGAGAGGUUGCUACCAAGUAUCCGGGGAUUAAGUACAAUGAAAUAAUCGUGGACAAUUGCUGUAUGCAGCUUGUUUCGAAGCCUGAGCAGUUUGAUGUCAUGGUGACACCCAAUCUUUAUGGAAAUUUAGUUGCAAAUACAGCUGCUGGUAUUGCUGGGGGCACUGGAGUUAUGCCUGGAGGCAAUGUCGGGGCUGACCAUGCUGUUUUUGAGCAAGGAGCCUCUGCAGGAAAUGUGGGCAAUGAGAAACUGGUUGAACAGAAGAAGGCAAACCCAGUGGCCCUGCUUCUCUCAUCUGCAAUGAUGUUGAGACAUCUGCAGUUCCCCUCAUUUGCCGAUCGGCUGGAAACUGCUGUGAAACGGGUUAUAUCAGAGGGCAAGUACCGAACGAAGGAUCUUGGAGGAACCAGUACCAGUCAAGAGGUUGUUGAUGCAGUCAUAGACGCACUAGACUGAGAGAGAAGAUAGUUGAGUAGUCAGUACUUUGUCAUCUAUAUUGGGAACUUCCCACCCAAAUUCCACAUUUUGAGCUUGGAUCAAUUACGGUUGAUUUCAUUCACAUUCACAAUUGAAAUUAUGUCUAAAUAAUCGCAAUCCCAAAUGAAAGAUGGAAUUGGUUUCUGAGAUAAACUUUGUUAUGCGAUCAAACUCCUGCCACAAUGCUAACAUGGUAUCUCUGUUUUGACAGGAGAAAUGUAAGUCUAGGCUAAAAGCCAGAAGAAACCAUCUUUGAUUUUAUGAUUGGGCAAAUAAAUCCUUGUACUUUUGUCAUGUUCAAA